CUGUCGUCGCUACCGCCUUCCCCAUCGCCAUCAGCCUGAUAUAAAACCCUGCGUUGCUCCUUCGGCUUUCGUUCGCCAUGUUUGUGACUGAAUCAGGAGGGGAGAGAGAGAGAGAGGAAUUCUGCUGUUCUGUAUAGCGUUUGAUUAAUCAUUUGAUGUGGAGAUUAAAGAUUGGCGCUUGAAAAGAGAGUCUGUGCCUCCUACUCCCCUGCCUUCUUUGACCGUCCUCUCCCUUUUCUGCCGUGGCGUUUGUAGAUACAUAAGCUUCUGUGAUCCCUUUCUGAAUGUGGAACUGAUUCUCACGACAGUCUUGGGUGACUGAUCUGCUCGUGCCAAGAUUUUCCUUCAUCUGUGUAUGUGCCCAGUUAAUAUCAAGUUCUUGAAGGAUCCAACAAGUGCUGGUUAGAUGCCAUCAAUAAUGAAGACAAAGUCAGCAAAAUCCUGUUCAAAAGAAAAAAAAGGUCUUCACAUCUGCCAAAGAUCGUGUUCCAUAUACAAGAAUUCUCUCUCCCAUGUCAAAGUUGCUCAAAAUUCAGAACUUGUUGAGUUUGAUCAAGAUCAUCAUAAUGUUUCAUACUGCAACAGACUAUACCUGGAUAGUUUCAGAGAAGAUGGAGCACAUGGUGAUGAAUUGCUCUGUGGAGAAGAUUUUCCACCUGAUUGUAAACAAUUACCCCAAAGUGGUUCUACAACUGCUGGAAGCAUGGAUUCUACAUCGACAACUUGUACGGCAAGCUUAGAGACAAUUUUUUCUCCUAUCCUGGAGUCCAUGGAUGUCCAUAAUGUGUCAAAUAUCAAAAAUGAUGGAGGAAGCAAUGAUCUGUAUCUUCCACUGUUGGAAACAGAAGAUAGCGAUAGUAGUAGAAGCUCAUGCGAAUAUCAUUCGUGCAACGUGUCAGAUUUCUACAUUUCUGACAUGAUUGUUUCUGGCUUACCUACUGAUGAUGGGAUAAUCUAUGAUGUUGAUUCGUCCACCAUGUUUUUUCCUGAUUAUAAAUGUGAAGAACCAGACAUGUUUACUAACAUUGCUGAGGAAUAUAUGCUGCUUCCUUUUCUUGAGCAUACUCCAGAAGCUUUCAGUGGCAAUGAUGAUAAAAGUCAAAGGUCAUGCAAUGAAAACAGUACAGUUUCUGACCAAUCAAGCUUAUAUAUGGCAAUCCACCAAAUAAGACCACAUUAUCAGGAAACUGAUGUUUUUGAACACACUGAAUCAGAUCAGUUUGAUUGCUUUGAUCCUCAUGUGUUUAUUAGAAAUGUUCCAGAUUUGCCGGAUGUGGUAAAGCCAGCCUCCGUGCCAAAUAAGCUGGAGAAUGAGAAGCCAGUCACCUUAGUACUUGAUCUGGAUGCAAGCCAAAGCAUCUAUGCAAAACAGCUACUAGACAUACUGGAUCCUGAUGGUAAAUACAUCUCAAGACGAGCUUAUCGUGAAUCAUGCAUCUUUUCAGAUGGUAGUUACACUAAAGACUUGACAGUGCUGGGUGUUGAUCUUGCAAAAAUUGUAAUCAUUGAUAAUUCUCCACAGGUUUUCAGGUUACAAGUGAAUAAUGGCAUUCCUAUUAAGAGUUGGUUUGAUGACCCUUCUGAUUCUGCACUAAUCUCACUUCUUCCAUUUCUUGAGACAUUGGCAGAUGCAGAUGAUGUCCGUCCCAUCAUUGCCGAGAAAUUCGGUAACAAGGAAUAAUAGUUACUCCCAUAUAGUUCCUUUAACAGCUCCCGGUCUCUUUCAUCAUUUUAAAGAACAUUUAGUGCUUAUUUUUCUACCCAUGUUGAGCUUCAAUAUAUAAUAUUUUUCCCCAAAUAAGAAUAUUACCCAUCUCCUGCUUGCACCAAGCUUUUGGCGCUUGCUUCUUUCGCUCAUCUCAUUGACAAGCUUUUUGUCAGUUCAUCUAAUUGUUGCAGAUGGUAGUUGACAGGUGUUCCUUGGUGUGUGCAAUGUACAGUUAUAUACAUUCUUAUGAAAAAAACAGCUAAAGGUUCUCAUUUCUUUGCAAGUUUUGUGUAUAAUAUCUGUCCUCUCGUCCUUGUUCGCGAAAUGGAUUUUGUGGCCUUGUGUGGAAGUCCUGUAUUUAAUUAGUUCUUAUUUUCAUUGGAGAAUAGGUCACCAACUUUAGAGAUUUAUUGGCAAUUGUAAGCUUUAACAUUAUACACUAUGUUUUAGCAGUGAGUGGAUUAAUGAAAUCCUCUCCCCAUUGUUGCCUCCACCAACCCUUUAGUUUUUUGAAAGACUUUCACAGUUUUGAAUGCCUUAUCUGCAGGUCCUGUGGAGAUGCCCAUUGUUUGUUACCACAAAGUGGACUAAUAUUAUUAUGUAAGUCAUACUUUGUUGUGACUUUCAAAUACUCCCUCUGUCAAAGCGUAUUUGUGUAGUUUUAUUCUUUCUAGUAAAACAGGACGAACUUUACCUAGUCAAUCAAAUACAGUAAGGAUUAUAUACUUGAUACGUAUUAAAUUUUCAAAAAAAAUUGUUCAUUAGAUCUACUUUGUUGGGACUUUCAAUUAUUUUGGUUUCAAGGAAAAAGGUGCAAGGUCAAGUUUGGUUGGGUGGUGGUGUUUUAACAUUGGUUGAGUGCAUUCUUUUUGUUUAAUUCAGUUGGUUGAAUUGUAAUUUCUGUGUUGGUUUAAAAAAGAUGUAAUGUAAAA